GUUGAGAAGCAGCACUGAUUAAGCAGAAAGGAGUUUGAGCGAACGACUCCCACGAGACAUUUUCAAUGGGGAAAAGAUUUUAGUGUAUUUUGGAAUUACAAUGGCACUGUGGCAUAUAUGUUUGGACAUGGGAAAGUUCACGCGAAGGACAAUUUGAGAGAGAAAAAUCUGAUAUUGGUGGACUCGCGCUGCGCUGGAUUUGAUCUGUCCUUAAAGGAGCCGCGCAGCACAUUGGAUUUUUAUUUAAUUUAUUUUUUGCCCUGAACUCAGAGAGUUGUAAUGUCUUGAAGCAGUGUCCGGCCCUUUGUGAAGGAUGCGCCGUGAGUGCUGAUGGAAACUGCUGCUCCAAUAUGAGUGUUCAUGAUGUUGGUGGGAGACGACGGUUUGAAGAUUCUGAGUUCACCCUGCGCAUCUACCCCGGGGUCAUCGCAGAGGGUACCAUCUACUGCCCAGUCACUGCCCGCAAGAUCACCUCAGCCGCAGAAGUCAUUGAGCAAGUCAUCAACCGGCUGCAGCUAGACCGGACGAAAUGCUACGUUCUGGCGGAAGUGAAGGAAUUUGGUGGGGAAGAAUGGAUCCUCAACCCGACCGACUGUCCCGUCCAGCGGAUGAUGCUGUGGCCUCGCAUGGCCCUGGAAAACCGCUUCAGCAGCGAGGACUACCGUUUCCUGCUGCGCGAGAAGAACCUCGAUGGCUCCAUCCACUACGGCAAUUUACAGAUGUGGCUUCAAGUCACGGAGGAACGACGGCGCAUGGUGGAACGUGGCUUUCUGCCGCAACCCUUACCGAAGGACUUUGAUGACCUUUGUAACUUGCCAGACCUCAAUGAGAAGACCUUGCUGGACAAUUUGCGUAGUCGCUUCAAGCAAGAGAAGAUCUAUACCUAUGUAGGGAGCAUCCUCAUAGUUAUCAACCCCUUUAAGUUUUUGCCCAUUUAUAACCCCAAAUAUGUCAAGAUGUAUGAUAAUCAUCAGCUGGGGAAGCUGGAACCGCACAUUUAUGCGGUGGCGGACGUGGCCUAUCACGCUAUGCUGCAGCGCAGGCAAAAUCAAUGCAUUGUCAUUUCUGGCGAGAGUGGCUCGGGCAAGACCCAGAGCACCAACUUCCUCAUCCACCAUCUCACAGCUCUCAGCCAGAAGGGCUUUGCUAGUGGAGUGGAGCAGAUAAUUCUGGGUGCUGGACCAGUGCUGGAGGCUUUUGGCAAUGCAAAAACUGCCCACAAUAACAACUCCAGCCGUUUUGGCAAGUUCAUCCAGGUGAACUAUCAGGAGAGUGGCACUGUGAGAGGAGCGUAUGUGGAGAAAUAUCUGCUGGAGAAGUCCAGGCUCGUCUAUCAGGAACACAAUGAAAGGAAUUACCAUGUGUUUUACUACCUGCUGGCAGGAGCGAGUGAAGAGGAGCGGACAGCGUUCCACCUCAAAAAGCCCGAAGAAUACCAUUACCUCAAUCAGAUGACAAAGAAACCUCACAGACUGCACUGGGAAUGUUACUAUGAGAAUGAACCGGAUUGCUUCACAGUGGAAGGGGAGGAUCUUAAACACGACUUUGAGCGCUUGCAGCUGGCGAUGGAGAUGGUGGGCUUCCUUCCCACCACACGCAAACAGAUUUUCUCUCUGCUAUCAGCUAUCCUUCAUUUAGGGAAUAUCCGAUACAAGAAGAAGAUAUACCGGGAUGACUCCAUUGAUAUAUGCAAUCCUGAAGUUCUGCCUGUAGUGUCUGAGCUGCUCGAGGUCAAAGAGGAAACGCUGUUUGAGGCCCUGACAACACGGAAGACUGUAACGGUGGGCGAAAAGUUGAUAGUCCCAUACAAGCUGGCUGAGGCCGGGACGGUACGGGACUCCAUGGCUAAGUCUCUCUAUAGUGCGCUGUUCGACUGGAUCGUGUUCAGGAUCAAUCACGCCCUGCUCAACACAAGAGACUUAGAAGAAUCUGCCAAGAUCUUGUCCAUUGGAGUUCUGGAUAUCUUUGGCUUUGAAGACUAUGAGAACAACAGCUUUGAACAAUUCUGCAUCAACUUCGCCAAUGAGCGGCUUCAACACUACUUCAACCAGCACAUUUUUAAGCUGGAGCAGGAGGAGUAUCGCACAGAAGGCAUUGCCUGGCAUAACAUUGAUUACAUCGAUAACACCGGCUGCAUCAGCCUCAUCAGCAAGAAGCACACAGCAUUGCUCCACCUACUGGACGAAGAGUGCAACUUUCCACAGGCCACCAAUCAGACCCUGUUAGACAAGUUCAAACGACAGCAUGAGGGAAACGGCUAUAUUGAGUUUCCUGCAGUCAUGGAGCCUGCCUUCAUCAUCAAACACUAUGCAGGGAAGGUCAAAUAUGGAGUGAAGGACUUCAGGGAGAAGAACACAGAUCACAUGCGACCGGACAUUGUCGCACUCCUCAAGAGCAGUAAGAACGCCUUCAUCUGUGGCCUGAUCGGUAUCGACCCGGUGGCAACCUUCCGCUGGGCUGUGCUCAGGGCAUAUUUCAGAGCCAUGGUGGCCUUCAGGGACGCUGGCAAGAGAUAUGUUGAGAAACGAAGCGGGCAUGAUGCUGCUGCUCCAGUUGUGAAAACUGUGGAUAGCUUUAGUUUUCUGCAUCACCCUGUGCAUCAGAGAAGCUUAGAGAUCCUGCAGAGGUGCAAAGAGGAGAAAUACAGUGUGAACAGAAAGAGUCCUUGCAUGCCACUCUCCGACCUGCAGGGCAGCAACGCACUUUAUCAACGGGACGGCUGGAAUGGGCGUCCUGGGAGGCAAAACCGUCUGUCCUCAGCUGGAUCUUUCAGCGAGGAGGAUGGCAUCUUCGUCAACUCCACCAGCAGUAAACUCCUGGAGCGAGCUCACGGCAUCCUCAUGAGAAAUAAAAACUAUAAAAUGAAACCAAGUCUUCCAAAGCACUUGCUGGAUGUGAAGUCACUGAAGUACCUGAGCAACCUGACGUUACACGACCGCAUCACAAAAUCCCUUCUGCACCUUCACAAGAAAAAGAAACCGCCAAGUAUUAGUGCACAGUUCCAGGCCUCUCUCAAUAAGCUAAUGGAGACUCUCGGUCAGUCGGAGCCGUACUUUGUCAAAUGCAUACGAUCAAAUGCAGAAAAGCUCCCACUGCGUUUUCAUGAUGGCUUGGUUCUGAGACAGCUUCGCUACACAGGCAUGCUGGAAACCGUGCGGAUCCGACAAUCUGGCUACAGUAUCAAGUACACUUUUCAGGACUUUGUUCGACACUUCCAUGUGCUGUUACCAGAGGGUACCUGCACCACACAGGAAGAUAUCCGACGGUACCUGUGCCUGGUGGAUCUCGCUCCCGAAGGGUUCCAAGUGGGCCGUACCAUGGUGUUCCUCCGUGAAGUGGAGCGACAGCGAAUGCAAGACCUUCUCCAUCAGGAGGUACUGCGUCGGAUCAUUAAUCUUCAGCGCCGUUUCAGAGCUCUUCUAGAAAGGAAGUAUUUCCUCAGAAUGAGACAAGCUGCCUGCCAGAUACAGAACUGGUGGAGGAGCUGUCAGUCGAUGCAGAGGUACGACAUUCGUGUCCAGCAGGGGGCAGCACUCUCUAUCCAGUCAGCCUGGAGAGGCUUUAGAGAGAGGCGUAGACUCUCACUCUGGAGGGAAGCAGCCGUGGUUAUCCAGAGAAACUGGAGGCUAUAUCGACGGGGCAGGGCAGCCCUCAGGAUCCAGACUGCCUGGAGGAGGUACAGGGCAAGAGAGCUCUACCUCCAGCAGCGUGACAUCACCAUCCACCUGCAAGCAGCAAGCAGAGGAUAUCUUGCGAGGCAGAGAUUUAUUGAACUUCAGGAGCAGAGGUUAAAAUGUACUCAGUUGCCAAAUGGACAAACCAGCCCGUUAACAGAAGAGGAGAAGAGCAGAGUCAUGGGUUUGGAUCUAAGCAUGUGGGAAGACUCCUACGAGGAGCAGGAUAGGAACAAACAUUCCCUUGCUGGUGCAAUUGAAGUAUCUGGAAGUGAUGCACUAAGAGAAACUUUUGAACAGUUGGAGCCGGAGAUGAAAGGGGAUACGGCAGUGGUGCAACCAACAUCUGAAGUGACAAUCCGAGAGCGACCUCGGACUCUAGAGGACCCCAAUCACAGGACACGGGCCAAACGGGAGAGUCGGCGAAUGCGAGAACUAGAGCAGGCCAAAUUUAGCUUAGAACUUCUUAAGGUGCGGUCUACCGGUGGAGCCUCUCCAUCGGAAGAGAGACGCUGGUCGAUGGAGCUGGUCAGUGAGAUCGCUCACACUCCCCAGGGUACCCCAGACAGCCAGAGCUCUAAAGGCAGCUUUGAGCUGCUCAAUAUAGACGACUCUCUCAAAGAAGACCUUGGUUCUCCUAUGUCUGUGCCGGAGCAGCAGGAUGUAUUCCCCAACAUUCCCAUGCCUGCUUUGCCCUCUGACACUCCGGAACCUAAUAUCUUUUCCGAACCAACUAGCGAACCGGAAGCUCCCAGAAUACCGAACUCUCUCCCAACCUUCUAUACCCCUCCACCAGAAAGCAGCUCUCUAGUCAUAAAGUAUAGCAUAAACUCUGCCACUCCACGUCCUGAUGGCUCCAGUAAGCCUGUGAAGGACAAGGAGUCCAAUCGCAGGCCAAUGGUCGUGGUUAUUAGUAUGCAGAAGGAAACCUUGUUAAAUGAAGCAGAUGUGAAGCCUCCAGAGGUCCGAGACAGUGCCGUCCAAACCAGUGAGCCACCCAGCCCAGCACAGCCCAGCAGCGACAGCCUUUAUUUGCUGGAAAAGCUCGAGAAACUUAAUGAGGAGAAGCAAGAGCGACAGAAACAUCAGCAGCAGCAAAAUGAAAAGGAUAUGAUGGAGCAGAUCCGUAUACAGAAGCGCAUCCUGGAAGAACAACGUAGGUAUUUCGGCCAAUACGAGAGGGAGAUGUUUGAGAAGCAGAGAUCUGAGGCUCUACAAAGGAUUGAGCAGAGUAGGCAAGACAGUUCUGGAGGAAAGCCAGUCAUAGACAGAGGUCCUGCUCCCAUAGCCCAGCCGGAGCCUGACCUCACCUCCCAACCUCAGGUCCAGGAAAAUGAAGUUGCUCCUUCAAUAUUCAAAGACCAACCAAAGGACACCCGAAAGGUACCAGAAGGGUGGGCACCAAAAUUGACUCUGGAGUCCAGAGGUGAUGAAACUAGAAGGAGAAUAAUGAAGAAGCCGUCCACUCAAAGCACCAACAUUAACAUGACAGAGAGGUCUGGAAACAUAUUCUUUUCUCCAAAGGCCAAGGUUUCCCUCUCGAAAUUGGAUAAGGACUUAGCCAAUCAAGGGAAAACACCAGGAGUCCAGAAUGAAAUAACCCUCUUGGGUUACAAGUCAACAAAGGGACGUGAGGUCGGCCGACCAGGUCAUAAAAAAGCCCGCAUGGCACGGACGCGCGCUGACUUCCUGACCCGCGGUUCAAACGCUCCGGGUGAGGGGGAGUCAGAGAAAGAGGAGUAUGAUGAGACCCCUCUAUCUCCUGGCACACCCCUCCCCAGACAGGACUCGGAGGAGAGCGCACUAGAGGCUUGUCACAUUGACUCUGAAAUGCUGCCCACAGCCACUGAAGAACAGAAAAACGUGCAUAAAGCCUUGUCAUCUGGAGACCUGGGCAAAGACACCAUGAGGAAGAACUCUGGAGAUGGAAGGGUACGCGGAAAAAUGCGAUUCUGGGCAAAGACAAAGCAUGGAGAGAAGAAGCCAUCGAGAGAGCGGCUGGUGUGUGGAAGUGAUACUCUGGACGGAGACGACGCUGAAACUGCACUUCUAAUGGAAGAAGGAGUAGAGUGCCUGUCCCCUCCUCGAAGCCCAGAUCUGACCUCACAAAGGGAGUUUAAAGAAAACAAAGAGCCGUCCCCUAAAGUGAAGCGUCGACGCAGUGUAAAAAUCAGUAAUGUGGCUCUAGAGCCCGCACAGUGCCAGAACGAUGCACGGCAGAUACUCACAUGUGCCAAUGACUACAGGAGCAUGAAUGACUUCCUCAUGAAGAAGAUCACAGAUUUAGACACAGAAGACAGUAAGAAGGACACAAUGGUGGAUGUUGUGUUCAAAAAGGCACUUAAGGAGUUCCGCUUGAAUAUCUUCAACUCCUACUCCACAGCUUUAGCUAUGGAUGAUGGAAAGAGUAUUCGUUAUAAGGAUCUCUACGCCCUCUUUGAGCAAAUCUUGGAGAAGAACAUGCGUCAAGAGCAAAGGGACUGGUGCGAGUCACCGGUGAAAGUCUGGGUCAACACCUUCAAAGUGUUCCUCGAUGAGUUCAUGAUGGAGCACAAACCUCUGGACAGCAGUGUGAGCAAGGCCCCUAAACCAGACCGCAAGAAGAGAAGGAAAAAGGACACUGAUAUUGUAGAGGAACACAACGGCCACAUCUUCAAGUCGACUCAGUACAGCAUUCCCACCUACUGCGAGUACUGCUCAUCCCUCAUCUGGAUGAUGGACAAAGCGUGUGUCUGUAAACUGUGCCGGUAUGCCUGUCACAGAAAGUGUUGUCAGAAGAUGACCACCAAAUGCAGCAAGAAGUUUGACCCUGAGCUGUCGUCGAGGCAGUUUGGUGUGGAGUUGUCCCGUCUUACCAACGACGAGCGAACGGUGCCUUUAGUGGUAGAGAAACUCAUCAAUUACAUUGAAAUGCAUGGCCUCUAUACUGAAGGCAUCUACAGGAAGUCUGGGUCCACCAAUAAGAUAAAGGAGCUAAAGCAGGGUCUGGAUACAGAUAUAAACAGUAUGAAUCUGGACGACUACAAUAUUAAUGUGAUUGCCAGCGUAUUCAAGCAGUGGUUGCGUGAUUUGCCUAAUCCUCUCAUGACCUUUGAACUGUAUGAGGAAUUCCUGAGGGCCAUGGGUCUUCAGGACAAGAAAGAAGUGAUUCGAGGUGUUUACUCUGUAAUUGACCAGCUCAGCAGAACUCACCUGAACACACUGGAGCGGCUCAUUUUCCAUCUGGUCAGGAUUGCUCUGCAAGAGGAGACCAACCGCAUGUCUGCUAAUGCGCUGGCCAUUGUGUUUGCCCCCUGCAUCCUGCGCUGCCCCGACACCAUCGACCCUCUGCAGAGCGUUCAGGACAUAGGCAAAACCACAGCGUGUGUGGAGCUGAUCAUUUGCGAGCAGAUGAAUAAGUACAAGGCCAGACUGAAGGACAUCAGCACUCUGGAGUUUGCAGAGAGCAAAGCCAAGAGUCGGUUAACGUUCAUCCGAAGAUCCAUGGGUAAAGGUCAAGUGCACAGGGUGAGGUAUCAAACACCAUCUCCUCCAGUGAGUCCGCGAUCUCCGACCGCUCCGGAGGUGAUGCCGGAGAGUGGAGAUGAGGAAGCCGGCAGAGUUCCAGAGGUCACUGAGCAUCAACAGGUCGCCAUGCAGCAGGAAGAGAGAGUUCUGACUGAACAGAUUGAAAGCCUGCAGAAAGAAAAGGAGGAGUUGACAUUUGAGAUGCUGGCUCUGGAGCCGCGAGCAUCAGAUGAUGAGACGCUGGAGUCGGAGGCCUCUAUAGGUACAGCAGACAGCUCUGAAAACCUCAAUGUGGACUCUGAGGGAGCCGUCUCGGACUUCUCUGAGCGAGGCCCAGCACUGGUCACCUCGAGGCCCAAGAGGUCAGAGGGCAAAGGCAGACGAUUUCUGCGGAAACAGCCUGAAUCCCUAGACUCCAUAGAUUCCAGUUCCACCGUCUCCUCCGUGUCGUCUUCCUACAUACACCCAGCCACACGAAACCGCAGGUUACGUUUCCGCUCUAAAUCGCCUUCAUCCAGACAAUAUCUAUCCAGCCCGCCCGACAGCCUGGACCAACCCGAGCAAGACGGAGAGGAAACGCCGCAGUUCACCAGCCGUGGCACGUUCAACCCAGAAAAAGGCAAGCAACGGCUGCAGGGUACCAAAAGCUCCCCACAGAGGUAUCCUGAACCUGGUGGAGGCCAGAAGAGGGACCCAGACUUACCGCCCCAACAGAUGGUGGUGUACGGCAGCAACGAGUUCAUGGUAUAAAGUUCACGAAGUGACACGUCCAUCCCUCCCUGCUCGCUCACUCGAGUUCACGUUUGCCGCAUUACUGUCCUUAAGUGCCAUGUUGCCUGGAAAGAAGAGAGCUGGGCUCCACUGAAGACGCCGUUGACGGAUCUGUGGGUGUAUGUGUGCGGCUUUCCGAUUUUGGGGAAUGCAGGGCAAAAGGAAUGCUGUGGAAUAUUCUCCUCUGGACUUUGGCAGCUUCGUGACUGAUUUACGAGGUCGAAAGGCAAGACAAGGAGGCAAAGCCAUUGACAAACUCCCUGAAUCUAAGCUUAACUAUGGGCUGCUUUAACGUUUACAAUGUAGAACCAUGUAAGCAGCAUUCUCUACGAUGUUUUUGCCCCUUAAGCCUAUUUAAUAAAUUUUAUUUACAUGGAGUAUAUAAAUAUAUUAUGUGAUAUAAAAUGUAUAAAGCCAGAGCACCAGUGACUGCUGGGUUGUUUAAUUCAUACUGUAUAUUAUAUCUUGUAUCUGUCAUGAAUGCAUUGGAGAGAGAGAGGUGAGGAAGUUGGUUUUGUGUGGAUGUGUGAAUGAAGUUUGUGCUGCUUUUUGUGUUGUGCUUGGAGGGAAAUUAUGCCAUUUAAGGGACCAAGCGAACUGGUGUUUUAAUGCCAGAGGGUCCCAGCGCUAUUUGAAGACUUGGAGGUCUUCCAAAUCACCAAAUAGUGUAUUACAUCACCUCUCAACAACCAUCCAUCCAUCCAUUGUUAGGAUUCAUUCAGACUCAGAAAUAUGUUUUCUUGCCUGUUUUGUGUGCUCAUAUCUGCCUCAAUCAUGCUCUAAGAAACCAGUGUUACUAUACAAAACCGCAGCUACAAGUUCACUAUUGUUACUUGCAUUAUUUUAAAUAACGUCUUUAUUUUUUUUUUGUGGAAGAUCUUUGGAUCAUUCACACAAUGCAAAUAUAAAGUUCCCUUGCCAGAAGAUAACUUAAAUAUUACUUUAAUAUAUUACAAAACUGUCUCUUCUCUCUGUAGAGGAUGUGUGAUAUCUCAUUCUUUUCCAAAAUGAAAUCCUUCAUUAGCCAUGUUGGCCUCAGAGAAAUCUUGGUUAGCAUAUUUUGUCUCUCUCCAUCACUAGUUAUUGGUGUCGUCAUUUAACCUUCACAAAAUGCUAUGGCAAGCCCUUUUGACACUGAUUCAUGUGAAGGAUAUGAAUGAUCGAUAUCUAUAAUAAAAUGCCAAUUCUUGAUAUCAGCAGAGGAUUUGCUACUAGUGAUGAUGCUAUUUUUUAUAUCGAUAUUACGUUGGCACUUGGAAAAAUGACAUCAUUACUCAUGGAAAUACCCAUUCUUUAUAUAAAACGUUCAAUUUUAACUAGUAAAAGCCAUAUAUUUUCAUUCUGUAACUGCAUUUUUCACUUGUAGAAAAUCUGUCAUUCUCUCCUGUUCAAAAUGCAAUUACAGAUAUCUAAAAUUAAUUUCUUACUAGUUAAAAUUCCAAAUAAACAAAUCAGCUAUGUACUUUUUAGUAGUAAAAAUUAUAACUUUUGAUAUCAAUAAUGACUUUGUUAUAAUUGCAUUUGUCAUUAGAUUUUUACUAGUGGCAAUGUUAAUUUCAGGUGUCUGGAAAUUGAUUUCAGAUAUCAUUAAAUUGAAAAGUAAUUAGUAAGAAUUUUACAAUAUCUUUAGUUACAGCACAGUUACAUUAUAGAUUAACGUCAUUAAAUUAACAUCACCCCUAGUGACAACCAAAUUGCAGAUAUUAAAAAAUAGCAUUUUUACUAUUUGUAAUUAAAUUGUUUAUAUCAGCAAUGGACAUUUGCACUAGUAACAAUGUAAUUAUCGAUAUUUUAUCGUUUUUACUAUUAAGUAGUACAAAGCUGAUAUGUGAGAUUUGAAUUUUUACUAGUAAGAAAUUAUAGAUAUCUAUAAUAAAAUAUAAUUUUACUAGUAAAAUGUUCAUUCCUGAUAUCAGCAAAGGAAUUGCUACUAGUGACAAUGCACAUUUUUUAUAUCAAUAAUUACGUUUGCACUAGUAAAAAUGUACAUGGAAAUCUAUAAUUAAUUUCUUGUUAAGAUUCCAAUUAAAAAAUCAGAUAUGUACUUUUUAGUAGUGAAAAUUAUAAGUUUUGAUAUCAAUAAUUACUUUGUUACUAUUGCAAAUGUCCAUUUCUGGUAUCAACAAUUUAAUUAAAAAUGUAAAUUAUAAAAAGGUAAUGUUAAUUUCAUAUAUCAGUAAAUUGAAGAGUAAUUAAAGAUAUUGUAAAAUGCUUUCUUGUUACAAUUACAUUAUAGAUAUUUUAAAUUAACGUCACCACUGGAUACAACCAAAUUACAACCAAAGUAGUACAUAGCUGAUAUGUGAAAUUGGAAUUUAAACUGUAAGAAAUUAACUAUAGAUAUCUAUAAUUCAAUUUUUUACUAGUGAAAAUGCUAAUUACUGAAAUCAGAAGGAAUUUCUAGUAACAAUGCUAGUUUUGUAUAUGAAUAAUUACAUUUGCACUAGUAAAAAUGACAUCAUUUACUUGUGAAAAUACCAAUUUUUUAUCUAAAAAUUUUCAACUAAUAAAAGAUGUAAUUUUUGAUAUCUGUAACUGCAUUUUCACUUGAUGAAUUUAACAAUUUGUCUACUGAAGCAAAUUGAUAGGUUGGUGUAAGAAACAAAUCGAUAAUUAAAAAUGAUACUUUUUACUAGUUGACUUCCCAUUUUUUGAUAUCAAGAAUGGAUAUUUCUGCAAGUAAUAGCAACUAUCAAGAAUUAACCUUUAUAUUAGUGCAAACCUAAUUACUGACAUCAAAAAUGAGCAUUUUCACUAGUAGUAAUUCCAUUGCUGAUAUUAAAAUUUAGCAUUUUAAAGAGUGACAAUUUCAUUAUAGAUACCUGAAAUUCAUAUCCUGCAUGUGAUUCAAUGUUGAACAGGCUUGCUAUAGGAUGCUGACUGUGAAACAAACCGUACCAGUCAUUUACUUGCUCAACCAGUAAAAUAUUUUACAAUUCUGUCACUAUAGUUUCUGCAAUAAUCAAAAACAUCAAGAUUAAUAAUUGCCACCGUCAGUUCAACUGUGAUUAUAAAUGGUAAAGUCACUCUUUUCAAGGUUUGGCACCUAUAAUCAUUGAGUAAAGGCUCUGUGAUCGUAUGGGCAUAUACACCUGAAGUCACUGUCAGAAUUACAAAUAUGAAUUUAUAUUGUGUUAUUUUAGAUCUCAUUCAUUGCUGACACUGGUCACAUCGCCUGCCGGAUUGAGCAGAGCGCGCUGUCUGGCCUCAGAGUUGUUUUAUGUCAUGUGGAGCCGUGUGUUGAACAAAUAUUUCUUAUGAAAGAGAAUAAAAUGUCAAUGGCUGUAAAAUAAAUUACACAUUUUGAACAAAUUAGAACUGGUUUAUAAAUGCAAGAUUUGUGAGGUAUUGUGGUACUAUAACUGCUAAAUUUUACCACCCACACUUGGGGUUUGUACUCAGUGAUUCUUGCAGGCAGAACAUGAAUUACCUGUUUGUCCUACACACCUGUAAGAACUGCUCUUGUAGUCAAUGAACAGCAGCUUUUCUUGGCAACAGGGUGCACCCAGCCUUAGGGAAUUGGUAUUGUCUGAAUAGUUAAAACUGUUUUACUGGACAAGAGAUAAAGAUAAAUUAUAACUAAAACUGAGGAUGUAUGGUGUAUGUUGAAAAGUAAUUGUGUAAGUUACAUUCAAAUUUAAGUUCAAAUCAUGGGGAAAAAAAUAUUGUCAGAUUUCACAGCUAAUAUUACCCUAAGAAAUACAGUGGAUGUAUCAUGUAACAGGGUUAGGAACAGAUGGUAAUACCAUGGUAUUUUGAGUAGGGAUGCACCGAUAUGAAAAUUUCUGGCCGAAAUAAGACCUACUUUAGUAAAAUGUUAUAGGCGAUGUCAAUAUUUUGCCACUUACCCUAGGUAGAGUUUUAUUGUUCAAACAAUACAAAUUUCCAUUGAAAUUUAAAAAAAAGAUAACAUGAUUAAUAUGGGGGACAUUUUUGCACUUCGGUCAAGCUCCAAUCAUUCAAAACUCACUUUUUACAUGAUAGAAAAUUUCAAUUAUGCAUAUGAUUUGACAUGCUUUUUUGGAUUUCAUUUAUUAUGAAAGGUAGAGGUCGACCAAUAGUGGAUUUUUCCGAUACCGAUAACUAAGGUGGUGGGAAAGGCUGUUAUCGGUAUCUGCAAAAUCCACUAUUGGCCGAUAGUUUUUAAAAUCGAUCUAUAGAAUGUUACAAUAUUUUCUUAGUUGGCACAGACAUAGAGGCAAGAGUGCAAAAUUAAUCAAAUCCCAGAUGUAGUUUACUUAUAUAAACUACAUCUGGGAUUAUUAUACCAAUAAUAAUCAGAAAAAAAAAAGAAAAGAAGAUUGGGUGCAUAAUGUGGGACUUCUAACUUUAAACAUGCCUGAAAAACACCGGGGACUCUUAUUUUGAAAUGACGGAGACUUGGCUCCGUUACAACGUUCUAUUUUUUUAUAUUGACCAAAUGGAGCAACCUGGAGUUAAGUGCCUUGCUCAAGGACCUUCUGCUUACCAGUUAUGUGCUUUAGCCCACUACGCCAUCACCACUCCACCACUAUUAUUCACAAUAUAUGGACACGUGUUUUAUGUGCUGACGAAGGACGCAUUUUUCUUUGCAUGCCCUCGCUUCAAUUUAAAAAACUUAAUUAUCAUAGGAACUCAGAGGAAUAAAAAUAUAUCGACAACUAUCGGCACCGAUUAAUCUGUAAAACCGAUAUAUCGGUCUACCAUUAAUGGUAGGUAUUUCUUUAUAUUACACUGAAAAAAAAUUAUAAAUAAACAAUAGUGUUUUGUUUUGAUAUCUGUGUUUUCAUGUUUAUGACCGAUAUGCUGAAUUGGAUAUAUACACAGAAAGGAUUAUAAGUGAUUUAUCACAUUAAAAUCAUGUUAACACCCAUACUGUUUAUGUCUCGUGGCUAUACUUUUAAAAGAGUAUUUUAACGUUUAUGUAUUG